AAAUAAAACUUAGUUGUGGUGCGACUGCCGAAGCUGAGACAUGUGGCUGUUGCGCGGAGCGUUCGUUUGUGGCCUAGUGGCCAUGGCUUGUGCCUUUGGAGACGAAGCUAUCUUCGAGGACGAGGACAUCUACAACCAGGCGCUGCCACCAGUUCCCCACACGGGUAUUACGGUGCCCGGAACCAAGUGGUGCGGACCGGGCAACACGGCCGCGAACUUCGAGGAUCUGGGCCGAGAACGAGAGACGGACAAAUGCUGUCGUGCCCACGACCAUUGCGACGAGAUUAUCGAGUCUCAUGCUACACUCCACGGACUGCCCACCAACACAGACUGGUUUCCCAUCCUUAAGUGCACCUGCGAGCAGCAGUUCAUCAACUGCCUGCAGGCAGUGAACAGCAUCACCUCCAAUACCCUUGGACGUAUCUACUAUGGCAGCAGGAGCAGGUGUUUCGCCAACGGAUACCCCACCACCGGAUGCAAGCAGUACCAGGAGGGCACCUUCCGCAAGCGCUGCAUCCGCUACCAGGUGGACAAGUCAAGGCCGAAGGUCUGGCAGUUUUACGACAUGCCGUUUUUCACCAUCCCAGCCUCGGCGGGCUGACGUGGGAUGAGCGAUUUGUGAACGAGAAAUAAGAUUAUAUUACACAUCGCAUUAAAUAUUACUAACACACCUUACAACACACCCAUUUGAAAUGAUUAUUAAAACCCUUGCAAUUAUCUGAGGUUCAAUAAAAAUUUGAAUAAAUUUUAAUAAAAAUCCAGGCUAAUAGAAUUACAAACUG